AUGUCUCGAUGGGCGGCGGGCCGCAAAGGUCGCGGCGCAACGGACAUUUGCCGGACGGCCGAAAUCGACCUGUCCGAUUUGGACAACCUGCUCCCCGACCCCAACGACCUUCUCACCAAGGGCGUCGGCAACGGCUUCAGGCAGUACCCCGAGGGCGUUGUCCCGGAGAAGCCUUCGGAGAGGCUUCGACGUGUGAGCGGCUAG